AUGUCCAAUUUUUCCACAAAUGCUCUGUCGACUGGUAGAUCGGAACUGCCAGAAGAACAGACAUUCAGUCCCAUCACUGCAAGUCUUCUCGCAGAAGCGAUUAGGGAACAAGCAAAUCAAUUGCUUGAGAAACAAUCAGACGAAUUUGAGGCUAAAUUUCUACUGCUUCAAAACCAAAUUCAUGAUAUCCUAACGCUUAUUUCUGCCGAGAAAAGUGGUAACAGAAAAGGAGUUUCGAGAAAUACUGACGAUUCUUCGACCAUUACGAGUACUAAUAGUGAUAUUAAUCUUAUUCAAUCUAGUAUUGAGUCUAGUUCGGUGCUCGCUGAUGAUGACUUAAGUGUAAACAUCAGUGAUCCACCUAAAAUUGAACACUCUCCAUCGUUUAAAUCAAGUAAACAUUCUGCUGAAAAAACAUUCAAUUUAUUUGAAAGAACUAACGAUACGAUUCGAAAGUCUCAGAAACGCUUUCAUGAAUCUUGGAGAAAAUUACCCAAGCUCAAUGAUAGCAGCGUUGAACUCUGGUCCAGGGCUCUUCAGGAACUAAACAGUGACCCAGACUAUAAAGCUUUGUCUAAGGCAAACUUCAAAGUAGACUGGAACAGUUUCGAAUCCAGAACUGGACUCCAUGGUAAUGAACUUAAAUACUACUACGAUUGCUGGAAGGAUGAUCUCAUUGCACCUUAUUGCAAUAAUACUUUGAGUAUUCUUGCUGCUACCCGAGAUCAUACUGUCACCCUUGAAGAUCUAAUUGAGUACACAUCGGAGCAUGCAGAUGAUGCUAAAACGAUGUCUAUACUUGAGGAAGUGCAACGACGCUACCGAAUCGAUAUACUGUGUAAAGACUAUGUCUCAGAAUUGAGAGGCAAAAACACGCAUGAUUAUGACCGUAUAAUUCAAUUUAUUGACGGUAUUCCUUCCGACCUAUAUGGCACCAUUAGUCACUACUGUAACCAAAGACACGAUGGCAAUUGUAUAAUAGCUGCCGCUACGGCCAAUUUCUAUUAUAAAGAAUUUAUGACCAAGGAGAAUUUUCAUUACCCUACCCCCAACACUUUCCAAAAGAAAAUGAUCAGUACACCUGGUUUCUCUGGUAAAGUUUUAUCUGAUUCCUCUAAAUCAAGAACGAAUUCCAAACACAGAAAAGACAGGAGUAACUAUAAUAAUUAUUCUCAAAAUAAACUGCUGUUGGAGAAUAACCAGAAAUCGCACAGAAGACAAACGGACAAUGUUAAUCACAACUAA